GGCGGCUGUAACUGCCCCAACCGGUAUGGCGCCGUCCUUCUACCCCUUCACCCGAAAAUGAACAAACCGCCCGCGUCCAGAGCACACACCGAAUCUGUCGAGCCCAACGACAAGCCAAUGCCACCAAGACGUCCAUCUGAAGGUCGCCGACGUCCGAGUUACCAGCGUGGGUCGACGUCGGCGACCGGUCAUCCAGAACCACCGGCUCGCCGACAACCCACGGCCGGUGGUCGGUCGCGCCAAACUCCGUACGAGGGAUCGCCGUCCGCAGCUACCUCGGCCAUCUCGGAAUACACGUUUGACUACAGCCAUGCGACCGCCAACAUUCCGCGCCCGCCUCCGAGCACCCCAACGUACUUGAACAACGUGGCGCCCAUCUCGUCCAAGGACGCCGCGGUCAAGAGCUCCACGAUGGCGCUGCUUCUCACGUCAACAUUCACGAUCGACGAUGCAUUCCGGGCCAUCGACCGCGCGAUCCAGGCCGAGGGUGACGGGCGAUUCCGGGAGGCUCUCAAGCACUUUCUGGAUGGGGGGGAGAUAAUUGUGUCGGCGGCGGAGCGGGAAGCCAGUCCCAAGGUGCGCAACCUGCUGCUGCACAAGGGAAAAGAGGUGCUCGAGUGGGCCGAGCACCUCGCCGAGUGGAUCGAGCGGUACCAGAGUCACAGCGCCCCCCUUCGCGUGGCGAAACCCAUGGCCAUAGAAGUCGAGUAUGAUCGGUCACACAAUUCCCCAGAACUCGACGCGUCGGAGGCUCGCACGAUGGUGUACACGCCCGUGUGCUGCUCCGCCAAGGCAUUCACCGAGUCGGGGUAUCGGCUGCAGUGCAUCCAGAGCGGCCGCCGUCCGAAGCUCAUGGUCGUGAUCACCAUGUAUAACGAAGACGCGUCGGAACUGCGCUCGACUCUGCGCAAGGUAUGCAACAACGUGUACUACCUCAAGCAACGCAGUUUGCCGGGGUAUGAGGGCGACGACGCGUGGAAACAAGUGUUGGUCGUGGUCGUAUCCGACGGCCGCACCAAGGCCAACAAGGGUACGUUGGACUGGCUCGGCAGCGUCGGCUUGUACGAUGAAGACGUGAUGCACAUCACGUCCACGGGGGUGCCCGUGCAGUGCCACCUCUUUGAGCACUCGCUGCAGUGGACCAAAGAAGACAAGAGCCUCCGGUUCCCACCUCUCCAAGUCGCGUUUGCAUUGAAAGAGGCCAACGCUGGCAAGCUCGACUCGCACUUGUGGUACUUUGACGCGUUCUGUGAGCAAGUGAUGCCCGACUACACCGUCUUGCUGGACGUGGGGACCAUGCCGACCAAGAGUUCGUUCUACAAAUUGCUCACGGCCCUCGAAAUCAACGCCCAGAUCGGCGGCGUAUGCGGAGAAAUUGCCGUCGACCAGCCCAUCCCUAACAUGUGCAAUUGGGUCGUGGCGGCCCAGCAUUUCGAAUACAAGAUCUCCAACAUCCUCGACAAAUCGCUCGAGUCGUGCUUUGGGUUCAUCUCUGUGCUCCCGGGGGCGUUCAGUGCGUACAGAUACAAGGCAAUUCGAGGGGAGCCGUUGGAGGCGUACUUUAAGAGCCUCACGACGUCGAUGGGCGACCUCGGGCCGUUCGCUGGCAACAUGUACUUGGCCGAAGAUCGCAUUCUGUGCUUUGAAUUGCUGGCGCGGAAAAACUGCAACUGGACCAUGCAUUACGUUAAGGACGCGAUUGCUAGAACGGACGUACCGACCAACCUGAUUGACCUGAUCGGGCAGCGAAGGCGCUGGCUCAACGGGUCGUUCUUCGCAACGUUGUUUAGCAUAUGGAACUGGGGACGGGUGUACACGGAGAGCAACCACUCGAUAGCCCGCAAGCUCGCGCUGCUGUUGCUGUACGUGUACAACAUCCUUCAGGUCGUGUUUUCGUGGUUCCUGCCUGCCAACUUUUACCUGGCGUUGUACUUUGUGAUCUUUCAAGGGUUCCAGGAGAACCGGUGGAACUUUAUCGACACGUCGGAAGUAUCCCCCUUAAUCCGUGAUGGCGUGCCCGUGGUAUUCAACGCGCUGUACGCUGUGACAGUGUUCACGCAAGUGGCGGUUGGGCUUGGCAACAAGCCCAAACAUGUGCGCGCCACGCACUACGUCAUGUCGCUCCUGUUUGGAGGGCUCAUGCUCAUGGCGUCUGUGAUAGCAAUUGUGAUCUUCCUUAACGCGACCAAAAGCACCGAAGCGAUUGUGUUGGCGUUGCUCAUUCUCGGCACGUUCUUUGUCGGGUCGGCCCUGCACUGUGAAGUGCACCACAUCGCUCUCACGUUUAUCCAGUACACGGCCAUGCUGCCCAGUUUUGUCAACAUCUUGAUGGUGUACUCGUUUUGUAACCUGCACGAUUUGAGCUGGGGGACCAAGGGGAUUGAUUCGGGUGGCCACGGCGAAGUCAAGAGCGGCGGCGCGGUCGGCCAGUACAAGGACGUCGUGGCCAAACGCAAGGCCCUGGAAGCGAGAAAAGCACGGCAAGCGCUAGAGCAAGACGAACUCAAGAAACGCUUUGACGCGUUCCGGACCAACUUGCUCUUGUUGUGGGUGUUUACCAACAUGACGUUUGUGGCCGUGGCCGUGGCAUCGAUCAAGGCGGAAUGGUACCUCCCGUUUCUGUACUACUUCGUGGCGGCGUUCAAUGCGGUCCGCCUUGCCGGGUGCGUCGGUUACCUGCUGUAUUACGCGCGCCAGUUUUUGAUCUUCAACACGUUGAGUGCCACGGGGGCGCUGCACAAGCGACACGAAGCGAGAAAGGCGCACCAAAAUAACGAGGUGGAGGGGGGGGACGUCGAACUUAACACGAUCGAGGAUGGAGGAGGUGCUGGGCUGCUGUUACGACCAUCGGCCAACGACGAAGGAGGGCCGCCGAUGGAAGUGGUGCAAAAUGCGUAUACGCGUAUGCGUUAAGAUAACCCAACCCCUCUAUGAAAAUCACUACUGUCCC